UAGACAUGCAGUUAGUUAGUGCAGUGGUUGUUCGUGUAAGUUUGCGGAAUAAAACUUUGGUAAUUCAUGUUCGACGUGACGUUAUUUAGAAUUUGACCACAAACAUGCAGCAGCAUACGAAAUUGACAGUAGUCAUAUUUAUGACUUUGGUUGUGCCUUGUAUUUUAGGCUAUAACCAAGAGAAGGAAAACUUCAUCGCUCUUAUGAAACUUCUAAACACACCACAAAAACCGGAGCGAUAUUUUUCACCUGUGGACGUAAAGUUUCCUGUGUCUGAGCAACCCACCGUGACAGAGUUCAACUGGAAGUCGUGUGGUCCUUCCGAUCCGAUCUCAGCCGAUGUGGUCAUCCUGCCAGAUCCUCUCGUUAUCCCAGGCAACAUCUCGGUCGAAGCCAAUGCAACGCUCAAGGUGGAUGUGGUCGCCCCUGUCAAGGUGUCCCUCACUAUCAAGAAGAAGGUCUUAGUAUGGCUACCUAUCCCUUGUAUCGACGGCGUGGGGUCCUGUGUCUACGACGAUGUCUGCGAGAUGCUGGAUACAAUGUUCCCACCCAGUCAACCGUGCCCUGCUCCUCUGGCUACAUACAAUCUACCAUGCCAUUGUCCUUUCAAAGCAGGUACCUACACCUUGCCUAAAUCUGACGUUGUAGUUGAGGACACCGGGAUCCCCUCCUGGCUGAGCUCUGGCGACUACGAGAUCAAGGUCGUCGCCCAGGAUAGCAAGGGCAGUGAGCUGGCCUGCUUCUCUGCAACCUUGAGCCUGAAGUAAAGGGAUCCUGCUGCCUGUACAUCCCCAUGCUCUUCCACGAUGAUGACCAGUCUUCAAGCAAUCACUCGAUUCCAGCUGCUCAGGCUUUGUAUCCAUCGGCCCUCCUGGCUCAAAACCACUGUCAAAUAUUAAAAGCAGAAUUAAAUUUAACUGUGUGUCGCAUGGGACCAGUAGAACAUUCAUAGCAUACUGACUAGCCACUUCAUUAAUAAAUAAACAAAUUGCAGUCUGGUCUUUAAAUUGUGAACCAGAAAUAUAUCCCAUGAUACCCUUUGUCUUAUGUUAAUUGAGAGCUUGAUGAGAUAACCACCUGUUGGUGACCUUGCAGGGAGGUCUAAUCCCUCCUGGCCAAACUAGUGCAGAUAGGCUUUAAGAGCAUUUCAAGGGCUUUUAAAUUCAUAACAAAUGAAUUCACCAGACCCUAUGUCAAUGUUGAGCCAAGCAAAUUAGGUAAUCAGUUAAUGCUCUUACUAUAAGAAUGCUUUCUUAGGGCUUUCAGAACAGGGUCAUUUGCUAUCCUGGUAGAUAAAAGAAAGAAAACAAUGUAAGAGAUGGAUUAGGCAAGGAGAUUUUAUUUUAAUCUAUUCCUCCAGGUGAUUCUGAAUUCACCCCCCCCCCCUGUCCUCAUCUUAUUGAUUGUUCUAUUCUGAACCAAACUUGUCCCCAAUUGUAUUGUUAAAUAAAUUCAUGUGGUUUUGAUCCAGUUGGGUGUCGUGUGAGUGGUGGUUGCAGAUCUCUAUUACAUCCAUCUUUCCCUUUCUACAUUUCAUCUCAUUUCAAGAUUUUGUAUGGCAUUAAAAAUGUGAUAACCAGGUAGAAUUUUAACAAGCAGUCUUUUUAUGAGCGAAAGAGCUAUUUUAUAUAUUUUUAAAGAUAUAUUUUUAUUUACAUGUAAUUAUUCACCUCUAUUUUAUCUUUUUUAAUGAUAGUUAUAUUAUUUUCAGGUUUGUGGUAUUUAUAAUAUGCAAAUAUAUUAAGGAUGAUGGUUGAUGAUAUCUAUAUUUCAUGUCAUGUAUGUAAGGCAACACCCCACACUAACCUCUUUUUUUGUCUAUUUAUAAGGGUUUAGAUUGUAAGUUUUAGGGUCUAUGAUAUGCUCAAUCCCCUUUUGGAAUGUGAAAAUUAUGGGGUUCAGUCUUUAGGAUUUCAGGACCCAUGAUUUGAUGUUAGCAUAAAGAGUGUUUUUAAAAUCCAUGUGCAAUGCUCAUUGACAAGGCGUUUUAGUCAUAGUUGCCCCUGUACACCGGAGAAUGUGAUGUACAAAUCAUACUCAUAAGAAGAUACUAUGAGCAAUUGAUUUCGCUCUGGGUAAUGACCAUCCACCGAAAGCAAUGGAAAUAAUUUUGAAGCGCACAAUAUGUUCCAUUGUUUGCCUUAUAAAGCUAUUGUUGCAGUAAAAAUUCAAAAUGUUUCAUCUUCAAAAGCGUUGUCUUCCUAACAGUGAACCAGAGAUAUUGAAGAAGCCUCAUGAAAAAUAUAUGCCUAUACAAAAAAAUAAGUGUGCUAUAAAUGAACAAGAAGGCAUUACUACAGAAGUACCAAAGACUUUGUUUCUAUGAGGUGAGGGGAACAAUUCUUUGAUCAUCAUUUAACUGAUUUUGUUAUGUCAAAAGCUCUUCCUUCUCAUGUAAACAUAACAAUUCUACUCAUGUAAACAUAACAAUUCUACUCAUGUAAACAAAAUAAUUCUACACAUGUAAACAUUAUGUUCCUCCGGACCACCAUGUGUUUUUGUCUUUCGUGACAAUAGUUUUUAGCAAUAUAAAUUGUUGUAUUAUUUCCUUGGGACAGCUUGGCAAGGAUCGUCUUUAUUCAAGAAAAACAAGUCUUUUAUCAAUAAAUUGUCUCUUCUUUUCAGUUUGAAUAAUAUUCUUUCAUGAUUAAAUGCAGUUUACAUGUAUAUUAUAUUCCAAUACAUUGAGAUAUAAACACAGAGUACUUCCAGAAUGUACAGCGAUAACUAUUAUUUUCAUUCUUCAGUAUACCACAGAGCAAGAUUUAGAUUUUGAUAUGAUUGUGAUGAAUGAAAUUAUGCUAUGGGAUGAAUUAAACAUUUUUGUAUUUCAAAUUGUAUAUAUCAAUUAUUAUUGCAGUUAUGCAUAUUACUGUCAUACAUUCUCAAGUGUCCUUAUUUCCUUCUCAGAAUUACAAAUAUCUAUUUUGAAUAUGUUGAAAAUGUCAAAUCAUGGUAUUGAUUUAUGCAUAUCCAAUCAGUAUACAGGUACCGGUAAUGAUUGAAAAAAAGUAUGAACUUGUAGUUAAAUGUAUGUAUAUAUUGUAUGACUGUGUAUGAAUGAUAUUUAAAUGAGGCAAGGUUUACUUUAUAUAAUGUUAUAUGAUUGAUACUGUAAAGGACCAAAUUUUUUAUCAUUAUGCUAUAUUCUUUUGAAUAGAAAUUAAAGAAAACAGUGAUUCUUUGUAAUUGAACAUUGUAUUUAAAUUUUUUAUUGUAGUAAAGGUCAAAGCAACAGGGUUGCGUGGCCAAUACAAGAAUUUAUAUUAUAUGUGCUUCUAGUAUUUGAUUCUUAAUUGCUAUAAUUACACCAGUACUGUUUAUCUUAUUACAAAACAAGAAAAUAUAUUAUCAAUGUUAUAUAGAGAACAAUGAUAAUUGUAGUUGCAUGUAAUAUCUUGGCAUAAUAGCCGAUAACUACGCAUGCAUGAAUGCAUAAUUGUUAUGUAGAAACUUUGUAUGUACUUUGCAUUUAGAAUGAGUUUUUUUGCUCACAGUCUGAUCCAUGUGAUGUACAGCUUUUACUGUCUAGGUUUAUGCAGUAAUUCAAUAUCUCUCUUGCACCUUGUAUGGUUGCGGUUUUGAUGGAUUUUUCCCCAUUUUUUUUCCAUUAUUUAAAAAAAAUGUAGUUUUCAAUUAUGUGGCAAGAUCAUAAAAUCAGUGCUUCCUAAUGCAGUUUGCAUUAUAUACCUCACAAAAUAUUCUUUCAGCAUUUUGCUCAUCUACCGGUAGUCAAUUUUUCCAUUCCAUGCUCUGUUAAAAUGCAGAUCUCUUUUCCAUGUAACAUUUUAUUGCACCUGUCUCUAUAUAUGUCAUCAAUGCCAGAAUGAGAAAGAAUUGUUAAUCCAAAACUAUUUUUCUAUUUUACUGUCAUAUGAUAUUCGCACAAAUACUUAUAUAUACUUGAAUCAGGUUCAUUAAUAAAUUCACCUUCAUUUUACCUUA